AUGACACUGGUCCGCAACAAGCACGGUCAAGUCUCCCCUCACGGCUCGCGCGUCGCAAAUCUGAUCCAGGAAGCGCCAUGUGAAAACUCGACUACCCAGCUGCCUGUGAAUCGCUUCAGUAACAUCAGUUCGCCAGUAAACUUGACUGAUAAUAAUAACAUAAUAUCGACUGGCGCUCUAUCCGAAACAUCUUCCAACGACAGUUUUGCUGGCACUCACGCUAAUCCUGAUACCGCAGAUCUUCCCAGCCAUAGCAUCGACUUUCAUAGGUUUGGGUCUACUACUAGGUUCUUUGUGGCUAUGGCAAUAUUUCAAGCAAAGGACCAUGAAAACCAAGAUAAGAUUAGUCAAGAAAAAUCUCCCGGUUCAACCCCAUAUAAUGACAAGGUCUCGGUGAUAGGUUGA